CGACGAGGGUGAGGAGGCGCCAACGGCGAGGACGGCGCCACCGGCGAGGACGGCGGCACCGGCGAGGACGGCGGCACCGGCGAGGACGGCGGCGGCCCGGAGGGGACGCUCAUCUGCUCGGAGGUCGCCGAUGCCAACGGCGUGCCGUUUGGCGGCUUGCGGCUCAGCACCAAGUUGAUUGCGCUGCGGCGGCAGCUGGCCGCGGUCCCUUCUGCGGAGAAGUCUAUCGUCUACUCCAACUUCAAGGGCGGGCUCGACCUCGUGGAAGCGAUGCUGAGCGAGGACGGCGUGCGCUGCUGCCGCUUCGACGGCGACGACCCGCCGGCGGAGCGCUCGGAGCAGCUGGCGACGUUCAAGUCGCGGCCCGAGAUUCGCGUCCUCCUGCUGUGCCUGAGUGCCGGCAGCGUCGGGCUCAACAUUGCGGAGGCUUGCCACGGCUUCUUCCUCGACGUGUGGUGGAACCCGUUCGUGCACCGCCAGUGCGAGGACCGGAUGCACCGGAUCGGCCAGACGCGGCCGGUGGCGAUCAGCUACCUGCUGGCCUCCUCGACCUUUGACGAGGUGAUCUACGAGCGGGGGCACACCAAGCGCGAAGCGGCGUCCACGCUGCUCGGGAUCGGCGGCACGGCGCCGCGCGGCGGCCAAAGCGAGCGGCUGGCCGGCCUCCUCAAGGGGCUUCUUGGCCAGCGCACCGCUCGCCGGGCCGCGGAGGCGCCUGCACCACCGGCUGCGCCGGCGGCCGAGGAGCCCGCGGGGUCUGCCGGUGCAGGCCAGGCGCCGGGGGCUGACCCCGCGGCGGGGUCUGCACCGGCCGAGAGCCUCUAGUGCAUGAUGGAAACUCCCCGUACUGUAUCUCUGUCUGUCUGUCUGUCUGUCUGUCUGUCUGCCUGUCAUACAUGUGGAUCGGAGCCUUGCUCAUCGAGGGCGUGCAGGACGUUUGAAGGAUAUCCUUCCAAUGGAGCCGGGUCCCUACUACUGAUACAUAUCUUCUC